AUGAAGGCUUCUAUGGAAGAGUUGCUUUAUAAUGCUCGGGUUGAUGUUGUUUUUAUCGGACAUGUUCAUGCUUACGAACGCUUUACUCGAGUUUAUAAGGAUAAAAGUGACAAUUGUGGUCCAGUGCAUAUUACUAUUGGAGAUGGUGGAAAUCGUGAAGGACAAGCCACAAAGUACCAAGAUCCUAAACUAGAUAUAUCAUUGUUUAGAGAGGCUAGCUUUGCACAUGGGUUAUUUGAAGUGGUUAAUACAACACAUGCACUUUGGACUUGGCAUAAGAAUGAUAAUGAUGAAUCUGUUGUUAGUGAUUAUGUUCGGCUAACAAGCUUAUUCUCUAAUACUGCUUGUAAAGCAUGA